AUGAGCGCUGAAGAUCAAGAACUGAAACGAAGAAAGAUCAUGACUGAUCAAACGGACGGACAAGCCAAUCAUUUCCAGAACGUUGGUGAGCAGGUAGGUGCUCAAAUCGAGGACCAACCGGUUAAGGAGGUCGAAUCUUACUGUGUUAACUGCGGCAAGAAUGGUACCACUCGGUUGUUGCUUACUAGAAUCCCCUACUUCCGUGAAAUCAUUUUGAUGUCAUUUGAAUGUCCUCACUGUCACUUCAAGAACUCCGAGAUUCAACCUGCUGCCCAGGUUGCCGAAAAGGGGGCUCGUUACGUUCUUAAGUGUGAGAACAAGGACGAUUUGUCUAGACAAGUCGUCAAGUCAGAGACUGCUACUGUGAGAUUCCAAGAGCUUGACAUUGAAAUUCCCCCCAAGAGAGGUCAACUCACUAAUGCCGAGGGUCUUCUUGCCGAGAUGGUGGAGGAUUUGGAGGCUGACCAACCGCAAAGAAAAGAGGCUCAACCAGAAGUUGCUGAGAAGAUCGACGAAGUCAUUCAAAACAUUAACGCUUACCGUAACGGGGAGAAGUUCCCUCUCACCGUAUCGGUGGAUGAUCCCGCUGGUAACUCCUGGAUCGAAUACAAGCCUGGUGAACCUUCUCACAAAUGGGCCAUGUACGAAUAUCCCAGAACUGCUGAACAAAAUGUAUUCUUGGGUCUCAUCUCCGCUGAUGAGGUUGCUCAGCGUCAAAAGGAGGAACUCGAGAAGAAGAAGGCUGCCACUUCGUCUAACGUGUCUGCUUCGUUGUCAGACGCCCCCAAGACUAGUGGGUUUGUUUCCGACCAAUCUAAGAUCGACAACUUCGAAAAUGAAAUCCAAACCUUCCAGGCUACCUGCUCCUCAUGCGGCAAACCUUGUGAGACUCAUAUGAAGCCGGUCAACAUUCCUCAUUUCAAGGAAGUGAUUUUGAUGUCCACUGUGUGUGACUCAUGCGGGUAUAAGUCGAACGAAGUGAAGACUGGAGGUGCCAUUCCUGACAAGGGUACUCGUAUUACGUUGAAGGUUACCGAUCCUGAAGAUUUGGCCAGAGACAUUUUGAAGUCGGAAACCUGUGGCAUGGUUGUUCCUGAACUUUCGCUCGAUCUUACGCCGGGUACGCUUGGUGGGAGAUUUACUACCAUUGAAGGUUUGUUAACCCAAGUCAUGGAAGAAUUGCAUUCUAGGGUUUUCACACAAACUCUGGACUCGAUGGAUGAAGCUACGAAGAACAACUGGACUACUUUCUUCGCUAGAUUGGACGAUGCCAUCCAUGGUAAAAUUGGUUUUACCAUUCAGAUGGAAGACCCGUUAGGCGCGCUGUACAUUCAAAACGUGUACGCUCCCGAUAAUGACCCUAAUAUGACCAUCGAAGAAUUCGAAAGAACUCAUGACCAGAAUGAGGACUUGGGGUUGAACGACAUGAAAACCGACUAG